AUGCCUCCUCUGUCGCGCUCCAACUCAUGCGUUGACAUAGACUUCACUCUCAGACGCCAGUUCAACAAAUCGACUUUCAGGCCCCAACAACGUGAAAUCAUCGUUGCUGCCCUAGACGGUCACGAUGUCUUCGUUCAGGCCGCAACGUCGUUCGGCAAAAGUCUUUGCUUCCAACUCCCUGCCUGCAUUGACCAAGGGAUCACCAUUGUCGUUUCGCCACUGCUCAGUCUCAUGAUGAAUCAGGUUGACGCACUGCGAUCGGCGGGCAUCGAUGCCAGCUCUCUCAACAGUAAUACGCCGCCGGCUGAGAGGGAUCGCAUCAAUCAGGAUCUCGCUAGUGGCCACCCGCGCAUCAGACUACUCUACGUGACACCGGAACUAUGCUCAGGGGACUCCUUCAGGAGACGGAUCAAGUUGGUCAACGAGCAGUGUGAGUUGGCGCGCAUUGCAGUCGAUGAGGCUCAUUGCAUCUCAGAAUGGGGUCACGAUUUUCGGAAAGACUUCAAGAAGCUUUCGUGGUUUCGAGAGACGUUUCCCAAGGUGCCCAUUAUGUGUUUGACGGCAACAGCAAACCCGACGGUUCGUCAAGACUUGCUAAAGACGCUUGGCCUCCUGGAGCAACCCGAGAGACUGAAGAGUUUCGUCAUGACUGCUCAUCGGCCCAAUCUACACAUUGAGAUCCGAUACACCAAAGACCAGGAAGACGACCGCCCUUCUAACUUUUUAGCUUGGAUACGUGGCGUAUACGAGAGGAGAAAAACAGAGCCACGCAAGUCAGAGUUGGAGGCCGCGGGGGAGCGGUUGGAUAAUGUCUCGGGGAUUAUAUACACCAUAUCACGAGAUGAGUGCGAGUCACUCGCGGCGGCACUCAGAGAUGAGGGAGUAGGCGCGAUGCCCUUCCACGCGAAGCUUACCAAAGAAAAGAAGGAACAGACGCUGGCCCGCUGGGUAAACAACGAGCCUGGCUACGAUAUCAUCGUGGCCACGACAGCCUUUGGCAUGGGCAUUGACAAGAACAAUGUCCGGUUCGUUGUGCACUGGCGGCUGCCCAAGUCGUUUGAGGGUUACUACCAAGAGGCAGGCCGCGCAGGCAGAGACGGGAACGCAAGCUUCUGUUUUCUGUACUACAGCCGAGAAGACUUGGAACGCGUGCAGAGCAUGAUUAGGAAAGGGAACCGCGAUGGAUCGAACUGGGAGGCUCAGGCCAAGAGCCUGCAGAAACUUGCCCUGUAUUGCGAAGACACAACGGCCUGUCGGCACGCGCAGAUUAGCAGGUAUUUUGGCGAGAGCGAAACGCCAAACUGUGACUUUGCCUGCGACUGGCACAAAGAUGCACAGGCUCUCCAGAGGCGGAUGAUGCGCGGCUUGGCGGAUGAGGAAUGGGUCAGUACGCAGGCUCAGAUUGGCGAGUAUGACGGUUACUACGAUGAAUACUAAGGAUGAGGAUGAGGAUGAGGAUG